AACUGACUGAUCUGAUCAUUACCCCAAGGCAGUCAAAUGGAUCUUCAGGACACAGAUGAGAAAAAAGGCUUCCCUUUGGUUACCCUGUGGAGGGGACGCAGAAGUGAACAUUUGCGAGGUCAAUCAGAGAUUUCUUUUGACCAAGAGACGUUUCCAUUGGCAUACAGCUGCCAGGGAAAGAAAAAUCGUGGCUCCAUCGCCGUGGGCUAGAGAUGUUGUCACGAUCAGAACAUGAGGAUUGGGACUCGGAACAAAAUAUGGAGUUCCCAGCAAGAAGGGAUGGCUUGGCUUUGAAUUACAGAGAUCUGCUGACUCCAGAAAGCCAGAAAAUGAAACUGUCACCUCUGCAGCAUCGUCGAAAGCAAAGGGAGCAGUAUCGCAGUAAUGUGAACUCACUGCGGGAGUUGGCUGCCAUUCUACCAGUCCCUCAACAGAAACGGGAGAAAAGGCUUACAAAGAAGGAGAUUCUGAACCAGGUUUUGCGAUACAUUGCAUUUCUUAACAGACACAUCAGCAACACUAAAACCCUGUUGAAGGAUCAUUAUGUGGCCAUAGAUGAAAGCGAAUACUGCUUAAAUGGAGAGGAGUCUACAAGCCCAGAGGAAGCUGCACAGAGUAAUACGGAGGAGAUAAGUCCUUUCUCCACACCUCCAAGCAUCAAGAAAAUGAGGCUAAGGAACAUGUGUCACAAGCCAAGGAAAAAGAAGUGGAUGGAAAAAACAGAACGGAGACAAGUGCUGAAAUCACGCCGCUGCCUUUACAAUGGGCCAACAUUUUCUGAUAAGCACUUGCAAGGAGAAGGCCAACACGAGGUCAGGAUGACGUGGCAAGGAUCAUCUGUAGAUACCUCGUCUUCCAGCUCCUCUUCACAGGAUAACACUGUUAAGCCCCAAGGUCAUGCCAUGUUCCUUACCUUGCUGGAGCUUGCAGAAUCCAGAAGCCUUGCAGGAUCCAGCCUCAGAAACACAGGGAUAUAUGAGACAAGCGAUGAUCCAAAGUGGUCCUCCGAAAAUGAGGAGAGAAAGACAAAUUGCAGCCAUGACUCCAGCAUCUAUGAUGCCGCAGUCAGCUCUUCGUAUCUAAGUAUGAAAGAUCAGACGCUGGUUCACUACCUCUCCUCUCACGAUGAAGAUGACGAUGUCGACCGGAGUCCCUGGCUUCUACAGGAAUCCCCUCGAGGGGGAGCUGUGAUUCAUUCUCCCAUCAGUGACUCCGUGCCUAUGUCGGGGCCACAGGCAACACUAGGUUUGAGUCCUUCUCUCUUCUCAUCUCCAGGGCGACAUGUUCAACUUCUGCAAGACCGGAAGGAAAACCUAACUCAAGCCUUGUUUGGAACUGUGUGUCUGAGCCCUGAACUCCCAGCAAACAGACCUGGAGACUUGAAGCUGCCUAAUGCAGGUCAAAACCAGCAAUAUCUGAACAGUUCCUGGAAUCUCCCUUUGAAGGAUGAUCCAGAUCAAAUCGUGCCAGCAACUCCACCAAUGACCUCUGACUCGUUCCAGUCAACCUUCAUUUUCGACCACUGCUAUCUGCCAUACAGUGAGACAAGUAAGACAGACUCCAGCCAAGCUGACAGUACAUCUUCAGGGGACAAUUCCUGCCAGAUUUGCCCAAGCUUAGAGAAGUGGGAGAGACAUCUUCUGCCGGAGGACAGUGAUGAAAGCGAACGUUGGCUGUCCUCAAGUGAUGACAUGGAGGACAAUGACACAACCUGGACACCAUAUUGCAGAGGAAAGAUUUUACAGCAAACUGCUGUGAGCAAACAGAAACGUGGCAAGAUCCUCAGCCAAGGCAAGAUACGUAGGAAGAGAUGCUGCACACUCCAACUCAAGAAAAAAUGUGUCAAUGGUUUCAUCAUGUUCUGUCGUAUUAACAGGAGGCUGUACAUCAGUGACCAUCCUGGGACUGCUUCUACAGUUGCUACCAAAGCUCUGGCUCACGUCUGGCGCACCAUGUCAAAAAAUGAACGGCGGCCAUACUGCAUUAAGGCCCGUGAAUUCAGCAAAAUGAAUAACCGCAUCGUGAGGCUGGACAGCUCGUCGAGUGAAGAAAGGGAGGAGGUACAGAUGCCUGAACCCCUCCAUCUCCUGUAAGACGCCCUCUUCGUCUAGGACACACAUACACAGCGAAAAAUAGAUGCAAACACAUUGCCAUUCCAGAACAGGAGGGGGCCAUCUGACCUGAGCCACAGGAGAACAUCACUAAUCAUACGAGAGUUGCUUGAAGUGAGUCAGCCUGAUAUACUCAGAAGUUCAACAAACUCAGUAAUAUCUUGGAAAACCAAGACAAGUUUAAAACCUGGGAAAUUGUUGCGUCUCUUUUAAGAUAUGUGGAGAAUUGUGAAAGAAAUUUUCAGCAAUAGUUAGUACUGAAUAGCAGCACUGGGAGAACAUGUGGACAGUGGAGCUAAGGUUCAGAUGGACGAUGGUAUUCUCUGUGAAGUACACCGCUGUAACAAUGCACAAUCCAGGUGCUUUUGAAUGUGAUGCAGUUAUCUUUCAUAGCCGGCAGAUCCUUUUUAAGUCUGGAUGAAAGUACACUGACAUUGCCUGUCAGGCUAGGCUCAUGUUAAUGUUACAAACCAGUCGCUGGUGUGACCCUGAGGGUACUGUCGUUUGCAGAGUUCUCAUGCCUUUAUCACACAGCCUUCUGUACUCUGGAGCAGCUCAACCUCCAACUGGCUGCAAAAAAAUCUAUUUGAUAUCUCCUUAUAUGACAGGUAAAGAUGUCAGCUCCUUGUAAUUAUUUUUGCCCUUUCAACCCUGGAAUUUAAUUCCAGUCUGAAGUGGGUUUGGGUAAUCUCCUGCUGCCACUACCCCACCCCCCACCCCCUGCCCUUCCCUGCCUGACUGCCAUUUCCUUGUGGGCAUUGGCAACAACAAAACCAUCUCCACUUUGCCAACAAGUUGUAAUCUCACUGAGAAUGCAGAGGGGAUGCUGCUGUGAGGAAUGGGUAGUGUCUCACUGGUGCUCAUUGCAGAUUGGGGCUGGGCUGUGUUGUAAGCGGAGAGGAACCAGCUUUACUUGGCAUUUAUGUCCAAUCUAACAUUGUGCAACGGGACAGGGGUUUUUACUCAGUGUCUAAUCAUGCUUUACUUGACUGAGGAAUGUUUGAUUCUGGCUCUGAGUGUCCUAGGUUUAAGAAAAGGAAUUCUAUUCAUCAUCUUAACCAGCACAACAUUUGGAACCAAAAGUAAAUGUUUUUCUGCUUCAAGCCAAUAUCAUAAUUGAAGACUGAUUCUUAUAAAAGUACAUCACUGAAGUAUUCUAUGGUCAGGACAGUUUGCAUGUAACUCACUAGUUUAAAUUGGCCUGUAAACAGUGCACAGUGAAGGUAAUUUAUAGUCUCCUUGGAGUGCUAACCAAAAUUCAAGGCACUUUUUAUUUUACAGAAGUGCAGUUGACAGCGAGUGCAUGAAUCUUUUGCUGUCAGCUCACAUUGCUCAAUGUAACAUACAUUGUCCUGAGAGCCCUGCAGACUGUUUUUCAGCUGAAUUAUCUUCAACAACGAUCUAUCGGUUUAGUGUAUAUUCAGUGUAUGGCAGUGUAGUUACACCAUGACAGGAACACUCUGUUAACACUGGGCUGGCUCACUGUGACUCUCAUGUCCGUAGUAUUGUGUCGUGAUGUUCCAGACCUGUCCCAGAACCAGUUUACUAAGAGGAUCCCUGGGAGCCCCGAAUGAAGUAACACUGAGAGUGGGCUCUUUUCAGAUACUGAAACACAAAAAUUCAAUGAAACACAUUUUGCCCUUGAUUCCUCACUCCUGAAUUGUCAACUCAUGCAAUUCAUAUCCAUUAUAAAGCCAUUACAUUAGAAGCAUAAAAUCUAACCAUCUGAUUAUUUCAAAAGGAUAAGUUCAUCCAUAUAAUUUAUAAUAAAAAUACUUGUGCUUUUAUUUAGAAUCAUCUCAAAUGCCCUCGGGCAUGAUUAAUUACUUAGAAGCCCAGUUGUUUAUGGAGCUAAAGAUGGAACAAUUUUUGUGUAUAAUUUUUCUGGCCAGAUAAUUGUUCUUAUUGGUUGAGAAUGGGAAGGAAUAUCAGCUAGAACAUAGAAAAAUAUCAACUCUGCUUUUUUCCAAAAAAUUGUGCUAUGGGACAAAAUCCUCCAACAGUGCAAAAUUACACACACAAGUCCUGGAGUAGGUUAUCCGACCCAGAGAUGGGAGUGUGCUUGCUGAGCCAAAUUGACAUGGCGACUUCCAGUUGCAACAGUAUCCUUUUACCGGUAAUCACGAUGAGGUUUAUGCCGUGCAUUUUGUGCCAGUCUUUCUGUACGGCAGGGCUUUGGUAUAGUGACUCUCCGAAUUGCUCAUCCAAAUCUAGCAGUAGUUAUGUCAGGCGCACUCCAUGUAGGAUAAUCACCAGAGCAGCAAUGGCAGCUGCAGUGAGGACAAUCACAUUGUGUAUUGUCUAUGCUUAUCAAAGGAUGUUGCAUGGAGGAAGCAAAAAUUACAAAGGCAAGGAGUUGGGUGAGAGUGCAUGCUGCUGCGCUGGUAUUUCUGGCACGUUACUGCUGCUCUGCAGUGGAGACUAUUUCUAUUGUUCCACUGUCAACCUCAGUAUUAGGAAACUUAAGUUUCCUAAUUGAUUUGCCAUUUGGAGGGUUGAGAAAAUAAAGUUGCACAUUGUCAUUGUUUGGCAACCUGUUAAUAAUCUGUUAUUAUGGUUUCUAUUUAUUG